CUGUGCAGCCGUCGGGGAAGUCGAGAAAGAGGUUGUAUUGAAGAUCAAGAUUUCUCUCUAAAGCCUGUUUAGAGUGAUCCUUGAGUCUACAAUGACAUACAGGAGAGACAGGAGCAUACGAGAUGUGUUUGAGGAACGCUUUUUAUCUGAAAGAGGGGGCUCAUACCCACGGGCAGCCGGGGGCGGUGAAAGGAGAGGACCCUUCAACAGACCUGAGGAUGACUAUGGCCGUGGUGGUGGUGGUGGUGGUGGUGGUGGGUACGAAUAUGAAGGAGGGCCACGUUUUUUCCCAAAUGGAGGUGGCCCACGUGCUUACCAUGGUGAAGAUCAGAGGGGCUACCAUGGCGACAACGUUCAUUUCCCCCCUGAGAGAAGAGCUGGCCCACCUUCAAGGCGGGAAGAAUAUACUUACAGAGUGCCCAGAGAAGACCCACACACAGGACGGCCAAUGGAAUUUGGCAAUCGUGCCCCACCUCCCCAUGGGGUGCGGAACCAAGGCAUCUAUCCAGGACCCAGAUCAUUACCAGAGGGCGGCGAAGACACAUUAGUGCAAGCCAUUCUCAGCCUGGACAGAGGGGAAGAAAGAGAAACUUACAGGAGAAAGGCAGCACCUCUCCCUCCCAUCAGAGAGCGAUCUCCCAUGCGCAGAGAAGUGGCCUGCUCCCCUCACAGUCGUUCAGGCUCCAGCGUCAGCAGCAGAGGCUAUUCGCCAGAAAGAGCCAAGAGCUUGCCCUUCAUCGCCCAGCAAGGCAAGAUCAAAGUUCCUGGCCUGUCGGGGGACGGCUCUCCACAGAGCACAGCCUCAAACAAGGAGGAGGCCCAACCUCUGGAGGGGGAGAAAGAGGAGCCAGUGGUGAGUGCUGCCACAGAGGAGAGCCACAAAUCUAUUGAUAGCGUCCAGGCACGACGCACCAGCGCUAUCACUACUAAAGCUCUGGAGAUAGAGAAGGUGUACCGUCAAGACUGUGAGACCUUCGGCAUGGUGGUGAAAAUGCUGGUGGCCAAGGACCCCAACUUGGAGAAGCAGCUGCAGGUUCCUCUCAGGGAGAAUCUUGGGGAGAUCCGCGAACGCUGCUUAGAGGACCUGAAAAGGUUCAUUGUUGAGCUGGACGAAGUCUUACGGCAGCCUGAACAGUCCGCCUGAGACCCGCCCACCUCCAAUCACAGACUUUUUUUUAGGUAUUGGACACGUCUGGUCUGUUAACCGUAGUUUGGCAAGAAAUGUCAUCCUAGAAGAGGACAUGUUUCAUUUCUGGAUAGAAUCUGGGUUGUUGUAUCUGUAUGAAGGACUAUGCCUACUACAGCAGAGCAACUCCAGGAAUAACUCGGCAUUAAAUGGAAAUUUGAGUUUUGGAACUGGAUUAAUGCGAUGAACGGUGUCAUUUUUGGACUCGUCUUUUUUUUUCUUUUUUUUUUUUCUACCUAAAAACUGGCUUCUCGUCCCUUUCCACCAAAGUGUUCUGAUUACCAAAAUGUUUUUGAUUAGUUUCAUCGAGUAGUGUUCAAAAUACUUGUACUGUUAUUAGGAGUGGUGUUUUGAAGACCUGCCAGUCUUACCACAAAAACGGUUAACACAGGUUUGUAGGGUUAAGGUUAACCUUUCACAAUGAAAAAGUUCAGACUGCCAGCCAUUCAAUAGGGUUACAUUUUUAAUCCCAUGGAGGGAAAAAGUCACAAUGUUUUGGAUUCUGUGAAGCUAUGUAUGUUUUGUUUUUUUUUUGUCUUUUUUUGUUUGUUUGUAACAUUGGGAUGGAUAUAUGACAUUGUGCUGCUAAGGGCACAACAAAGCCACAUUCGUACAUAAGUCUGCACCAUUUAUAAAUCAUUACACUGGGGAUAAUCGUCGAUGUUUACCCUUCCCAGGACAAUUUACCUGUUUUUGCUUUUCAAGCACUAAGACCUUUGUUUAUUGAGCUAUCUGCUAUUAAAGGUAAU